GUAGUAGCCGAGCGGCAGAGCCUGGCCACGUGGGUUCACUCGCCGGCCCUUUAAACCGGCUGCGCGGCGCCCGUGCUCAAGGAGACUCGGGACGGAGGCGGCCUGAGGAUGCCCCGGGGGAGCAGGAGCGCGGCGGCCCGCCCGCCCGCAGUCAGUGCAGCCCCAGCUCAUGCUCACCCACCAGCUCAUCCUCCACCUUCAGCUGUUGCAGCCCCCGGCCAGCCCCAGCAGCCUGGCCUGAUGGCCCAGAUGGCUACCACUGCUGCUGGGGUUGCUGUUGGAUCUGCAGUGGGCCACGUGGUUGGCAGUGCUCUCACUGGGGCAUUCAGUGGCGGUAGCAGCACUGAGCCAGCGAAACCAGCCAGUACUAUCCAGGAGCCCAGGCAGCCUGCGUUCCAGCAGCCGCAGUAUGGCCCUUGCCACUAUGAGAUGAAGCAGUUCUUGGAAUGUGCUACCAAUCAGAGUGACUUGACCUUGUGUGAAGGUUUCAACGAGGCACUGAAGCAGUGCAAAUAUAAUAAUGGUGUCUCCUCCCUCUUGUGAAGACGUUCAGUGCUAACACAGGGAAACAGGAGCCUGGAGUACAGACAAGAGUGGAAGAGACUGGAAGGAAUGGCUAGUGACUAACGUAACCAGGUGAAAGGAAUGAUAGUCCGACCAGUGGAAGGAACCACUUAGCGCUAACAUGCUUCUAGAAUUGCCAAGAAGGAACAAUGCUUUGGAAUUUGAUGGGGCUUUUAGAAUCCAGAUCUCAUUUGAUUUGCUACAGUGAAAUAUGCAAUAAAAGGAGAAGGUUUAUUUUAAUCUA